UCGAAGGGCUUUGAUGGAUGAAUACUAGUAGGGUGGUGGUGGUGGUGGUGGUGGUGGUGGUCGGGAAUGAGGGGUUUUAUUGGUGGUUGAGCCACGCCCGCGUCCUGCCCUCCUGGACCGUGUCCGGGAGUGUGGGUCCGUCCGUCCGUCCGUCUGGAGCGUCCGGAACGUCCUCGACCGCCGCGCAGACCCGUCGCCCAGCGUCGCUCGCCUGGGUCUCAGGAUGCGGUCUCUGUGCCGGGGUCUCCGAUCUGGAUGGAAGUGAUGACGGCUUGGAUGAUUGGGUUGCGGGCAACCCGGCCCUCUGGGUACUGGCCUAGUUCUUGUGAUUGAGGCGGUCACGGUAGGUGGCCGGAGUUUGCGUACUCGCGUGUGCGUGUGUCUACGGACUCGGCCGUUUGAACGGACUAUAUCUCGUAUUGCGGUAUCUACAUAUCAUACAUGCAUACUAUCCAUCUAGCUGGCUUAGGCAACGGCAUUUGCGUGUAGCGUUCUUGCACACAUCCACAUUUUUAUUACGCUCGCUCGCUUCGAUACAUACCUACUGUCUGGAUCUAUGCAUUGGGAUACAGUGCUGAGAGUGCGUAUUAAUUGAUUCUGAUUUAGUAGGCUCUGGACUGGGAGGGGCAGAC